CCUGAACAUCAUCAUCAUCUUUCCCCCUCCAACGCUUGGGGUCAUGUCUCUCAUUUAUUCCAGCGUGUUGCUAUCCUGUUGGGACACGUUUUCCGCUCACUGACGCAGUCCAAGUGUGGAAUAUAUCUGGUGGAGGCGGUAGCAAGCAUCUGCAUCUAGAUCUGUUUCCGCUGUACUUCAAAUAACGAGUCACUUUCCCGAAGUUCCUUGAUAUCCUAUCUGUUUAUCACCCUCAUCUUCAAAGCGCGGUUUUGAGACUGUAUUCUCAGGAUUUUCGCCACCAUGCGCGAAAUAGACCCGCUCGUUUUCGAAUACCAGCAUGAGAAGCAGCGACCACGAGAAUCAGAAGCGUUACUAAUCCUUAGAAAAGUCGCUUCGCUGGUAAAACCCAUCAUGCGUCGACGAGACUGGAAAGUCGGGACGCUCUGUGAAUUCUAUCCUCAUCAGCGGAACCUGCUUGGCUUGAACGUCAACGCGGGCCAAAAGAUCUGUCUACGGCUGCGGUAUCCUUCUGAUCAGCGCCAGUUCUUACCUAUCGAGCAGGUAGUGGAUACGAUGCUUCAUGAGCUGUGUCAUAUCGUGCAUGGACCUCACAACCAGCAGUUUCAUGCACUUUGGAAUCAGCUACGAGAUGAGCAUGAAGAGCUUGUCAUGAAAGGCUACAUAGGUGAAGGGUUCCUUUCUGAAGGGCGACGGUUAGGGGGACGGAAAAUGCCCGUCGAUGAGGCACGCCGUGUAGCCAGAGCAGCUGCGGAGCAGAGGCGGUCUCUAUCUGCUGGAUCUGGACGACGACUUGGUGGAGCGCCUGUUCUGCGCGGAACCAAUAUGCGCCGGGUCAUCGCUGAUGCUGCGCAGAGGCGCAUAGAAGUGACAAAUGGUUGUGCCUCAGGCGCUGACAACAGUGCCGAACUUGCAGAGGAAGCCUCCAGGAAUGGCUUCCGAACUAAGGCAGAGGAAGACGAUGCCAAUGAGCGGGCCAUCAUGGAAGCGUACAUCGAUCUGAUUGAACAGGAAGAGCGUGAGAGAUACGGCCCUUCCUAUAUUCCGCCGAGCCAUGAUAAUCCCGCAGGUCCGCGGACAACGCUGUCUCCGCCACCUGUUCCGGAGAGCAGCAGGCCGAGAGGGCCGUCGCAGCCUGCAGAUACUAUUGACCUCGUCUCGGAUGAUAACCUCUACAAUAAGCCAUGGUCAUGUCCGACAUGCACCCUCGAAAACCCAGCAAACUUCCUUUGCUGUGAUGCGUGUGCAUCAGAACGUCCGCGGCCAACAACCACAAGAUCUGUUUCUGGCCCUCCCACUACUACUGCUAGUUCGAGUCAGCCAAACCCAGCAGUGAACAAGAACAAGCGGUCGAUUAGUCCGUCAACCCGUUACACUGGGUUCAAAAACCGGACUCGUGCUGUUGAAUCAUUAGCCGCUCUCGAACGGAACGCCAACAAGCGACCUCUUGGAUGGCUUUGCGAUAACUGCGGGGCUUUCAUGGAAACCGAGUGGUGGACUUGUUCCAACUGUGGCUUGAUGAAGCGCGCAUCAUGAAUUAUUUAGCAUUUUGAGCGUAGGCGUUUGGCGCGAGAGAGGCGUUCUCAUUGGAUUGGUAUGCGGCAAGAAAUCCAUUAAUUUUGACCUAUCACGAGGUAUGAGUCUUAUAUCACAUAGUGCAUCGUCAGACGGUCCUAGAUCAUCUACCCGGAG